CGUCAGUCGGCAUAGAGAUGUUCAUACUGUUACUGCUGUACCUUGCCUCCCAAAGCUGGGCAAAAGGUUGGUGGGAAACUUUCAAGAAUUACUUUGUAUAUGAUGUCCCCCACGACACUAACUACAAGUUCACCAACAUCACCAGCUGCCCCGAACUGGGAUACUUCUUCAAGAGCGUCCCCAGCCCCAACUCUAUAGAAGGCAAUUGUUACCUGUGCUUCUGUCAACAUGACAGAUCGGCCAUUUGCUGGCAAAGGGAGAACAAGAAAUGUGACAUGCAACAUUAUAAGCACAAUACUACGGUAGCGAAGAAGGAGAAGAGAGUAAAAAGAAGCCCUCUAGGCCUGGGCGACAUAUUCUUCAAGGACGCAGCCAGGGAAGUGUUCAACAGAAAAGAAGAAGAAGUCUGUAAGCCGUAUGAAUCAAGUUUUAGUGAAGGCUGUCCACCAGCUGACUGGUGUCUCGGCUGCACCGUGUGCGACUGUGAUGCCAACGGACAUUGGGACUGCCAUAUUCUGAGCUUCUGCGAUGAUGAUAAAAAAGCCAAAGACAAAAGAGAGAAAAAAGGUAGCAAAAAAAUGGCGGUCAGUUACCCAAAGCCAAGGAAGUCAACGACGGCGAAAAUAGCGAAAACCACUAAGAAAACACCAGUCAGAUCGGUUAAAACCGGCCAAAAAAACACAACGAACAAACCCAAUCCGGCCAAGUUGAGAAGAAGCCAAUCUAAGCCAAAAAAUACAAAGAGUGUCAAUGCUAAUAAUAAACGUAACGACAACAACAAACGCAAUGAUAAUACCAAGCGUAACAAUAAAGACAGCACAUACAAUAAAAAUAAUAACAGGAUUAAACAAACAAACAGUAAAAGGCCAACAAAACUAAGAAGUGUCAUUCAAAAAGGAAAAUCUGUCAAACCACUUAUAAUAAAGAAGAAUGAUAAAAAUCGAAAGGUAGUAAAAUCGUCUCCAUCUAAAAGAGUAAUGAAUGGAUCUGAAGCAGAAAUGUCCGAAGAGUUAAUGAACACGAUGAAAAAGGUUAUACAACAAAUGUGGCAGAAACAAAUGACCGCCUCGCUCCCAAGCAUCGUCAGCAUGGUACAAAAGAGAUCAUUCCCAGGUCGAUUUGAUAAAAGUGCAACGAAACCUUACACUAAAUUCAAAAAAGUUACACCUACGCCCGCUAAACCGAAGUCCAAAACGAAGGUACCAAAAGGUCACGUGUAUAACAGAUCAUUGUUUAUAAGAAAAGCAGUAAAUGAACAGAGGAAGAAAGAAAAACUUAGGAAGAGGCAAGCAGAAGAAAAAGCAGCCAAGGCAAGAAAGAAUAAAGGAAAGAAAGUAGGAAAGCAAGGUGCGAAGCGAACGAAGCGUAACAUACAUUUAAACAACGACUCGGAUUUAGCUGGUGCCAUGCUUAUCCCUGAAAAGUUCAUAACUAUAGAACCACUAGUAUAUAACAGUUCUGCUUUAGACAAUAACAGCCUUACUACGGAAAUGACGACAUCGACUUACACGGAACUGGAUUUUGAAACAUUAUCAAAUGCAAUCAAUAGUUCCGAAUAUUCAAAUUCUGUUGUCACCGAUACCACAACGACUGAAUCAGCAUUUCGAAAUAAAACCACUACUUCGAACAAAACAUUUAAUGACAAUCUUUCUUUGACGGACGCUGUUUCGUCGCCUAUCGAAUUGGAUUUUGAAAUAUUUGCAGACGCAUUGAAUAGUUCGAUAAACGCUCUUCCUAUCAUUGAUGAUGUACUAACGACUGAACCAACCGUUCAUAAUAAUAGCACUGUUACAAGUAAUAAUUAUUUUGAUGACAACUCCACUAAAGCGAACAUAAAAAUAUUUAAUUCCCCAAAAAUUGAAUCGGAUGAAGCUGCAAAUCCAACAUAUAUUCAAUUUCUCUCAAAUCAAUAUGUGACGACUGAACCACCUGUUUAUAAUGGAUCUUUUAGUGAUAACUACACGUCUGUAACGGAAAACAUCGCAGAAUUACUUCCAUCGUCAGUCAUUAGUCUAGAUGCAGCUGAUAAAUCUACAACCGUGCAGCCUGUUUCAAAUGAAACUAUACUAGUUGAGCCAUUGUCAUACUUAGAUAAUAGUGAUAACAGUUCCAUCAAUGACAAUCCAAUUAUAGCUGUCGACACAAUUUAUUCUCCUUAUGACAAUUUAGAUGCAGUAACCAACUCCACGACGCCAUCAAUGUUCGUUCAAACGACAAUGGAGCCGCCACUUUUCAACAGUUCUUAUAACAAUAUUAUUAUUACCACGGAUACUUUUUCAUGGCCCUAUAUCGAUACAGAUGAAGUUAAUAAUGUCACAAACACAAAAACCACCACUGACAAAGUCUUAGUUGAACCAAAUGAGACGAUAGACUACAGUGUUCUGUCUGUAGAUUAUAAAAUUAAUGCCGUACCGGACACAACAGCUUCGCCUGAAGUUUCAGCUACAACUCUGAAAAUAGAAGCACCUAAACAUUUUUCUGAAAUACUUCCACUUGACGUGUACGCUGAUAAUCUUGCUAUAGCCACGUUUAGCCCAUUGUCUGAUGCUUAUUCAGAAUUGCAACCAACAGCCACCAUGCAGCCAGCAACAGAAACUACAACGAAGACAAUUCCAACAUCAUAUAUUAAUUCAGAUGUAAUUUUAAAUUCUACUACUACACUGUCUACCACGGGUCAAUUAUUACUAUUGAAUGUUCAACCGUUAAAAAGUAAAACUUUUGCAGAAGAUGACUAUGUACAGAAAAAUGAACGCGUACAAACUGUAUUGGAAAAUGUUGCAAAUAGUAACUAUUAUAAAUAUACGUUAAAUUCAACAACAGAGAAACCAGAAUUCAAAUCAGAAAAUGGUUAUAAUAGAACUGAAACAAAUGUUAUAACAGAAAUAUCAGAAAGACGUGACAGUGAUAGGACUGAACAAUUUCAAUCUAAUUUCCCAGGAGAAAUACCAAACGAAUCAGAGAAUGAAAUUAAAAAUACGAAAUGGUCUGGGGAAAAAGCGUCCAAAGAAAUUAAAAAGACGGAAGCUGAUUUAAAGAUGAAUAAAACAGCAGUUUUAGACAUGAUCGACGAUAAAAAUAAUAGGACAAAAUCGAGAUUUUCAAAAAAAGACCACAGAAAGAAAAUUCAUAGGAAAGAUAUUGAAAGAAAAGUUGAUAAAACUACCAGAAAAUACAGUCUGACUAGAGUAGUCAAUAGUAAUUUGUAUAAAAACAAGCGUGGAGGUGGCAUAAAGGACCCGGAUGUUUCUCGAGUAUCGCUUUCGAGCAAGAUCGAAAACUUGCGAAGUGUGCUAAAACGUCUGCUGACUGAUUUCCACAAAAAUAAUACAUUACCGAAUGAAAACAAAAAGAAAAAAACAAACGCAAUAAAAUAUUUGAAGAAGUUUUUCAAUAAGUUAUUCUACAACAAGAAUUCUAAUAAGACGAUAAUUAGCCAGAGAUUGAGAAACAAUAACCACACCAUACAGAUGUUAUGCGAGACUUUUGGCCCUUGUGUAAUUAAUAAAAAACAUAAGUUUGUUUUGGCGAAAAAAAUAAAAGAAUUGAACAAUGAAACGAUUCAGAUACUAAAAAGCCUUAGAAUCAUAAAAGGCUUGUUAAGGUUAGUAGAUAUUCCUCGUAAAGUGAUCUCAUCGAAUGAGACAUCGAAUUUCAAAAAUGAUAUUCACAAAUUAAACAUAAUUUUGAAGUCUUCGGACCAGGAUAUUGUUCAGAUGAAUACAUUAACUGAAACACAGAAGACUCAAAUUGAGUAUAUAAAAUGUAACACAAAAGUAUUCAAACAGUCUGUUGCAAGGUUUACUAAAGUUCUGAAUCAGAUCAUAGAUAUGGUGUCUAUAAAAGGCAAUAAAGAUAAACAAAGAAAAUGGUAUUCCGAGGCGAGGGUCAGACAAGCGCGACGCAAUGCUACCAAACUAACUACAAUAAAUAAAUUCAAAACAUUGCUGCAUAAUUACAACUUAAUUCACAACGUGUUCAUAAAUAAAAUUAUUCAAAUAUUCUCCAGUCUUCAAAGUAAUGCGGAUUUAAAGAAAAUGAAUAACACCGCUGAAUAUAUUAAAAGUGAAUAUGAUUCUGAAAAAAUUACAAAUAAUUUGAACAAAUUGAAAAAUUUGGCAAGCGCUUUGUCAAGUCCAAGAAAAAGGAAGAAGAGGCACGUAGUGAGACAAGAUAAUGCUAUGGAGUAUCUACUAAUGUUGAUGGAGUAUAUGUUACAUCAGAACUUUCGCUCAGAACCUCCACAAGUGAACGAUGGCAUUGAUUUACUUAUUGAAGCUAUAAAAAACGCUCCAGACAUCAAAACAGUUAAAAAUAAACCUCAUAAUGUACUGAGUACAGCAAGUCAAGGAGAACCAAAUUUCAUCCCCAUUGUAGAUAAAGAUGAUAAUGCAAUAGAUACCUAUAUAUUCAACGAUGAUACUACACAAAACAAAUCCGAUAAUUCAUCUUCAGUAGAUCAAGAAGAAACUCAAGAAGAAAGUGAAAAUGAACCGGUUUUACAACUACAAAAGAUAAACAGCGAUAAAACGCAAUAUGAACACACAGAAAAAUAUUUAAGAACUGCAAGUGAAGCACUACCAAUUGCUUCUGAUAAUAAUGAUAAUAUUGAAUUCACAGAACAGAAAUUCAGAUCUGAAAAUGAAAUAUUUUACGUAACGUCUAAAGAAACUACAAGUAAACAAGCUGAAAUAGAUAAAAACGUUUAUUUUGAAGUCACUACAGAAAAACCAAAUAGUGUUUAUAUGGCCAAAGAAAACACCAUUAUUGACUUUGAUAGGCGAUUACAGAAAACGAACAUAGAGUUUAACAAACAUGAAAAGUCUUUUAAUACAGAGGUGGAUGAUGAAGUUAUUGAAGAACCUACAACCAAUGCUUAUCACAUACAAAAUAAUGAAGAAGAAUUUACUGAACAUACAGCAGAAAGAUAUAAAUCGAAUACAAAGUCAAAUAUAAAAUUAAAUACAAAACCAAACCCAAAAUCAAAUACAAAACCAAACAUUAAAGAAAAUAUAAUAGAAACAUCAGCAACAGCUAAAAUAGAAAAGUUAAAUGAAAGCAACGAAACAUCUCUAGAAUGGCGCGAUGAAAAAGAAUAUUUUGAUAGCAAUAAUAAUACAAUAGAGGAAAAUAAUUCCACACCUAAAACAAUUCAAAAAAACGUGCGAAAGACAACGAAAUCAUUUGAAAUUGAUUUGAGCGAUUCUUCAAAAGAGAGUGGUGAAAAAGCUAAACAGAAAAUUAAGAAAGCGGAGGAUGUAUUAAAGCAGAAGGAAGAGGAUUUCAUGAAUUCUUUAGAUUACGGCGUCACGGAGACCACGAUAUUAGAGGAUGCAAAGGAUGGGAAUGAAGAAAAAUUUUUAAAUGACUAUUUUGCUGAUUGAUAAACUUUGAAAUCGAUUUAGCGCCAAAGAUUUUUAUGACAUAGAUGCAAUUCAAAUUAUAAAUUAUUAACGUAGAUGUAUCUAAUAGCAUUUGUUCCUGGACAUUGACAUUGCAAAGAUUUUACUAAACUAGUUUUAAAUAUACAUCCAAAAUAAUAAGUGCAAUAUUGUAUAAACCCUAUAACUUUGCUGUACCAAUUACUUUUUUCCCACUAAAUGCCAUGAUGCACAACAGAAAUAAUCAAUUAUCAUGAUUUAGAAAACUGUCAUUGUCAAUGUCAAAAUACGUUGUUUGAUAUUUACAUUUUUCACGAGCACUGAUUAUUAGCGAUGGUAAGAAUAAUCGUGAAAAUGUUUGUACCAAGUUUUAAAUUUAAAAAAAGGAACACGAUAUUUUUUACCUGUACUUAAAUGCUUCAAUCUACGAAAGACUUACCUAGAACUUAAAAUUAGCAUUUAAUGUUUAGACGGGUAUAAUUGGGUUUUUAUUUGUAAGAAAAUCAUGAAUUUGCUCAUAAUAAAGUUAUGGUUACCUAUUAUGUUUAUUAGUUUUAAAUGAUUAUGUAUGUUUGGGUUGUAUUUUAGUAUGCUAAAUAGGAAACUGUACAUAGGUUAUAAUAUAUAACACGAAAGGCAGGAAAACACAAGUAUUUGUCGAAUACGAUAAAGGUAAACCAUCUGAUGCAUUAAUAAUGUUCUAUCUUCUAAAAUCUAUACUUAGGGUGAGUUGCACCGUCAAAUUUGACGUUAAUUUCAACCGCCGCCGCCGCUGACAUUUGUACAAAAUGGCGUACUUUGCGUUUAUUUGCGCACGUUAAAGUUAUCGGUGCAACCCACCCUUAUCAGUUAACAUGUUGUCAUGUUAAUUCUGUCAAUGUGAAAUUUGAAUUACAAACAUGUUAGAAUAAUAAUAAGUUUUAGCUUUUUGAAUAAAAGGGCAAAUGUAACAAUAUGUUACAGAUAAAACAUCUUAUUCUCAAAAAAAAAAAAAAUUAAACGUAUUUUAAACUAAAAAUAUAUUUUGACUCGUUCUGUCAA